AUGAACUGCAAAGUAUAUAAAUAGAUGAAUCUUGUGUAAAGACAAAAAUUAUUAAAAUAGGAUGGAAUAGGGAAUAAGAUAAUUACUGAAAAAAGGAAUCAGAACUUGUGGAAUUAAUAAAUAGAAAUAGCUUAAUAUGUACCUAAUAAAAAUCCUAACUAAUGUGGAAAAAGAUGGAAAAGAAUUUACGGACAUAGGGUAUUAUAUUUGAUUUAGAUAUUAGAAUAGAACCAAUUAAUCUUGGAAACCAGAAGAAGAUUAAAAGCUAAUCAAGAUUAUUUUUACUUAAACAAAAUGGAGGAGUCGCCUCAGUACUAUUUUGACGGAUUCUUAAUUAUAUAUAAACAUAUAUAACAAUUUUUUAUAGUGA